UAAAACUGAUUUUAUACAUUACUGAUUUCAAAUAAAAGAGAAGUACUAUAUUUGUGCACGGCUUCUGUUGAGAAAGUUAAGUCGAUGUUCUGGUUAGGAGAGAUAACACUUUUUUUGUCCCUCUUGGUGGCCCCCCUAGUGUCGCCAUUAGUUGCUAAUUACUUGCAAACAAAUAAACAAUUAACUCCUCGUGCCUCUUGGUGGGAGAGUUUUCAUUGACAUGCUAAAACUUUCUAAUAAAAGAUUUUAAUUAAUGACGUUGCCAACCCAGCCCACUUGUCAACAUAGCUAUAAGGAAGACUUGUGGAGAAAUGCAAGUACAGUAUAGGUGCUAUGCUGGCUGAAGGUGAAAGCAUGGCAAGUACGUCGCUGUGUGCUGCUAAUACAUCAGCCUCUCCCAGUCUUCGGAAAGUGUCAGGUUUUGCAGAAAACAAAACCACACAGUGCUCGUUUUCCAUUGAAAGUAUUUUGGGACUGGAGCAAAAAAAAGAUGGCAUUCCAUCUGCGAGACCUCACAGACCUUGGAUGGAUGCAUGCACUGACGUGGUUUUAGGUGAUGACAAUAAUCCCCAUCUGCAAAUCCCUGUUGUUUGCUAUGAAAAGCCAUUAUUUUGUGCUAACAGUAAUCCAGUGCAAGAGGAAAAAGUUUUGAAAUGUGAAAAAUAUUUUUCAGUGACUGAAAGGCUUUCUUUCAAACGAGAACUGAGCUGGUACAGGGGUAGAAGACCAAGAACUGCAUUCACUAGAAACCAGAUUGAAGUCUUGGAAGAUGUUUUUAAGAUGAACUCCUACCCUGGCAUUGAUAUUAGAGAAGAGCUAGCUCGCAAAUUAGAUUUAGAUGAAGACAGGAUCCAGAUCUGGUUCCAGAACCGUCGUGCAAAGCUGAAAAGAUCACAUCGUGAAUCCCAGUUUCUAAUGGUGAAAAGUACUUUCACCUCCAGCCUGCUAGAGUAGAAAGAAGGAUGGUUUCCUCUUAUGGUACUGCAAUACAACCUGAAGAUUUAUUAGAAUUUUCAUAACCUGUAUUAAGUGAUGAUAUAUUAAUUAUGAUUUUAACCUCAGAUUGGAAUGUUUAUAACAAUUUUCAUUCAA